UCUUGUGACCCACUGGGCGUCCUGCCUUAUGCAACCCACCUCCCCGCUCCAGCCCCACUGGCCUCCUUCCGGGAAAGAGCCAGGCCGGGGGAGGAAGGAGAGUGGGAAGCCGUCUCUCUCUUUUCGUCUGGCUUUCUGCGCUCCCCUCUGCCCAGGGUGGACGCGCCCAGGCCGAUUGCCCUGCCACUGCCCGUACGUGCCACACUACAGCCGCCCUGACAGUCAAAGCAGGGGCGCUGGCAAGGUGUUCCCUCCUCCUCCUCCCGGACCUGACACGGCUCCCGCCCCCCGCCCGCCUCACAUCCCGCAGCGCCCGCAGCCCAGCCGCGUCUCCGCAGCCAGCCUCCCGGAGCGGGACACGGGCACCAGAGCUUCCCGGCGCGCCCGGCAGGCACGGAACGGACCCAGCCGAGCCUGAGCUGCCCGCCGGAAUCCCACAGCUCCUAGCGGAACGGCAGCUCCUCCAGGCGCCCGGAAGAUGAUCCACAGGUGCCCAAUGUACCCGCCGGCGCCCGAGGGUGCCCAUCGUGGCUUGUUGGUCGCAGCUGGAGGGCCACUCACGGCAGUAGCUUGCCCGGUUACCCCGCUUGUUAACUGCUUGGGCUGAGGAGCUAGCGAGAAUUGUCCGUUCCAGUGGCAGAGAUCCGGGGGGCAUUAUCCCUGUAGCAGAGAUCUAGGGCGCAGUGUCCCGGUGGCAGACGUCUGUGGACCCAUAGCCCCGUGGCAGAGAUCUGGGGUGUGCCAUCCCCGUGGCAGAGAUCUGGGGCACGUUAUCCCCGUGGCAGAGACCCACGGGUGAGUUCUUGAGCCAUCUCUAACCUCAACGUCCCGACCCUUCCCCGGCGACCGUCCUGGGCUCUCUGAGGCCACCGAAGGAAUAUCGAGGGUCAGAGCCGGGGUGACCUGGGUUCUAUUGCUGGCCCCGUGAUGGAGGGUCUCAGCUCGCCUGGCCAGUGCGUGGCAGGGGGGCCCCCCCCGGAGGGCGUGAUGCAGCGGGCCCGGGUGCUGAAGGGCAAAGCCAGCGCCAGCUGCCGGCGCAAGCGGGAGUUCAUCUCGGACGAGAAGAAGGACGCCAGCUACUGGGAGAAGCGCCGGAAGAACAACGAGGCGGCCAAGCGCUCGCGGGAGAAGCGGCGCUUCAACGACCUGGUGCUGGAGAGCCGGGUGCUGGCGCUCAACGAGGAGAACCUGCGCCUCAAGACGGAGCUGCUCCAGCUCAAACUGCGCUUCGGGCUCAUCAGCACCGCCGCCUUCGUGGAGAAGAGCCAGCAUCUCAGCGCCGCCAGCAGCGGCUACUCCAGCGCCUCCUCCCGGGCCCAGCACUCGGAGGACUCGUCCGAGACGGAGCAGUCCGGCCGGGAUGCCGCUGGGGCCAAAUACUCGCCGCGGGGCUCCCUCUCCGACAUGUCUGACGUCUCCUCCCGGGACAGCCCGCUGCCGCGGACGCCGGGGGAGGCGGAGGCCGUGAGCAGGGCCCGGGGGGACGACGUGGCGCUGCGUCCCCCCGACCCCCAGGCCCCGGCCUCCCGGGGCGUCAUCCUCUUCAGCGCCAACGGCUUCACCACGGUGGAGCCGCCCCGAGCCUGGGAGGCGCCGGGGCGCGGGGACGGGGCGGAGGACGAAGAAGAGGAGAAGGCCCUGGGGAGCUAUGCCCAGCAGAUUCCCGGCGGUCGCCAUGGCGACUGUGAGGCCUAUUGCCAGCAGGGGGAGCUGCAGGGCCCCCCCGAGGCAUAUGGCUGCCCACGGGCUGAGGGCUACGGCGCCCCUGCUGGCUUCCUUGGGGAGGAGGAGGCGCGGGAGGCCAGGCCGGAGCCCAUGGAGAUGGCGGUCGAGCCGAGUUCCCCCUUCGCGGGUUACUCCAGCGAGGAGAGUGGGGAGGAGCCCGGCUGGGGGUGCCCGCCUGCCCCCUACCCGCCCUCCCCGGACGUCAAGCUGGCCGCCCUGCCCCACAAGCUGCGCCUCAAGUGCCGGGCCCACAGCAGCGGUGGCCAGGACCUGGGCCCUGAGCCUGGCACCACCGGCUGCCAGCAGGAGGCGCCCGCCGACUGGGAGAGCGAGAGGCACGAGGAGAUGGCGGCCCUGGUGCGGCAGGCGCUACUCCUCAACGGGCACCCCCCCGCCACCGGCGCCCUGGACAGACUCCUCUACUGCAGCCCCCCACCCCCCUCAGACAGGCCGGAGCCUGGGGACUUCGCCGGCGGGUGGAGGGGCAGUUGCCACAAUGAGGGCGCCAGGCCCAUAUGAGUGGUGCCCCCGAGCGGGGCACGGACCUUGAACAGCUGCUGCCUGGGCAGGUGACGUGGACAAAGCCAACACUGACUGUCCUGCUGGGCCCGGGGAUCUGCCCGGCUGGGAUCCAGUGAGCAGAGAGAUCCCUGUUCUGCUGGGCCCGGGGAUCUGCCCGGCUGGGAUCCAGUGAGCAGAGAGAUCCCUGUCCUGCAGGGCCUGGGGAUCUGCCCAGCUGGGAUCCCGUGAGCAGAGAGAUCCCUGUCCUGCUGGGCCCGGGGAACUGCCCGGCUGGUAUCGGGUGAGCAGAGAUCCCUGUCCUGCUGGGUCUGGAGAUCUUCCCAGCUGGGAUCUCGUGAGCAGAGAGAUCCCUGCCCUGCUCGGCCCGGGGAUCUUCCCAGCUGGGAUCUGGUGAGCAGAGAGAUCCCUGCCCUGCUCGGCCCAGGGAUCUGCCUGGCUGGCAUCGCGUGAGCAGAGAGAUCCCCGUGCUGCUGGGCCUGGGGAUCUGCCUGUCUGGGAUCUGGUGAGCAGAGAGAUCCCUGUCCUGUUG